UCGAGUUACAUUGUAUACAUUGGUGCAGAAAACAGAAAAAAAAACACUGCAUGACCACUAGGCCUACUGAAAAAUGGCUCUAGAUAGAUUAACGGAACUUGACGAAGGUGAUCUUCUAGAUAGAAAGGAUUCUGAAAGUACAAGAAAGAUAGUUAAGGCGUCUGUUGCAGUGCUACAGCAUUAUUUGGAGGCGAAGGGGAAACAGUUACAGGAGCUGGAGAUAGCAUCCAGUGAGGACUGUGACGAUUUAUUGAAGACAUUUUAUGUGGAAACUAGGAAGGAAGACGGGAGAAGAUACGCAAAGAAAUCGAUGGUAACACUCCGUUAUGGACUUCAGAAACACUUCCUUCGAAUAAGAGAACAAGAUAUCAUCAACGAUAAGAUUUAUUCCAGAUCUAACGAAAUGUUCAAAGCAGUUCUCAUAAAGCUCAAAGAGGACGGUGUCGGCGAGUGUGUUCAGACAGUGCCAGUUACUCCGGAGGACUUGGCAAUACUUUAUGGUGGUUCUGCAUUCGAUACUCAUACUCCAGAGGGUCUUCAACGCAAAGUUAUGUUCGAAUAUCUCUACUACUUUAGCAGCCGUGGACGAGAAAACCUACGAGGACUGAAAAGGAGCGAUUUCAUAGUGGGGGUUGACUCCUCUGGUCGAGAUUAUGUUGCUGUCGGAUCAAAGCCAAAGAAAAAUGCCAGAGGCGAGGAUGUUCAUGAUAUCGACAACAAACAGAGUCGAAUGUAUGACAGACCAGGGGAUCCUAGCUGUCCUGUAGCAGCAUUCAAAAAGUAUGUUGACAAACUUCAUACAGAGAACAGUAACUUCUGGCAGAGGCCGAAAAAGAAUGCUACUGAGGAGGACAUCAUAUGGUAUGAGAAUGUUCCUGUGGGGAAAAAUACACUCUAUUCAUUCAUGCAAAAACUCAGCCAGGAGUUCCGUCUGAGUAAGAGGUAUACUAACCACUGUGUUAGGGCUACUAGUAUUGCAACACUUGACCACAAUGGUGUUGAAGCCCGACACAUCAUGAGUGUAACAGGUCACAGGAAUGAAACGUCUAUCAAGUCCUACAGUUUUAGAUUAAGCGAUGACAAGAAACGACAAAUGUCGGACAUUCUAAGUGAAAACAUUGCACCACCAUCCAAAUGUGUGAAAAGGUGUGCAGCAGCUACUGGUAGUAGAAACACUGUUUGCUUGAUGGGACAGUCUUUUCCACAUUCUGAUGCUCAAACUCAACCACAUGUUUCAAAUCUCCAGGAACAGAUCAACACCAACAUUAACAGACUUUCAGUUGAAAUCAGUGAACCAGAGUUACACAGUAUGGAUACACACACAAGACAAACAUCCAAGGAGAUGACUGGGGAAAAUUCGACAAUGGUGAAAGAAACAAAAAUGGACAAAAUAAAGGAGAGGGAAAAAAUUGCUGCCGUGCUAAAGAAAGCUGUAUUGAGUCUUUGUCAGGAAAAGUAUCACAAUCCAAUUGAGGUCGAUGCUUUGAUUUGUGUUGCUGUAACUCCUACGGACAACCAUGUGGUGAAAAUUCAUGAGACGAUUGGUAAUUUAAAAGAUCAGCCUUCAGAAGUGUCCCUCCAAGAUGCAAAUGAUGGGCAAAAUACCUGCAAUGUGUCAAGUACUUGGUCGACAGUCCAAAAUUCCAAACCAAAAACAAACUCAACAAUUUAUGAAGAUUUGUUGAUGGAAAGUGGAAGUGAUUCAACAGCAUGGCAAGCAAAUGAAAAUCCUGAAAACUUGUCUGGGCUUAGUACCAGUAACUCUACUUAUCAGGGUCCGAUCUAUGAUAAGGUCAACAUGUAUCUCGGCACUGAUGUGUUCAGGAAUAUAGAGAACUCUGUAAUGUCUACAAAACCUACAGAACUGGUUUCUGUAGCAUCAGGAUUGGUGAUAUCAAAUAAUACAGCUUCAACACUAGUCUAUCCCAUAUCAACUCAAAGUCAAAAAGUUCCAAUUGCCAAAACCAGCAUAUGCCGAAAAAGACCUUUGGAUCAUGGAGAUAUACAAAGAUCUCUCGUAACUCAAAAAGAUAAAGUAUCUCAGAAUUAUGCCAUGAUUAAAGAACGAAGUGAAGACCGUCAGUACCACCAAAAGGUUUCAGAAAUAGAGCAAGAUUUUAGUUUAAACAAUGCUGAAAGAAGCAGUACUCUAACAUCAAGUGAGGCUUUUCCAGGAGAUAUAAUGAUCAAAGAAGAGCCACUGUGGAUAAAUGAUACUGGAUCGAAAUGGUCGGGCGAAAACCAGAAAAAUAGAAGUGGAGUUGAAUACUGUGAAAAUUCCAACAUGUCUAAUUCUUCAAAACAAUAUCUACAGUCACAACUGCAAAGCCCUGAUCAUGAGGUUCCUCUGGAAAUGUCCGUUACUUCAAUCAAGGAAGAACCCUGGAUACAAGAGUCCGAUACUGGCGAACCAGAAAUGGAAAUUGAUACAGAUAUUGAUACAUCACAGCUUGACAUUGACUGUGGUAUGAAUGCGGAUAAUUCAUAUUCAGUGACAGGUUUAACCCAUAACUCAGGUCCUUCUAAAAUUCUCAAAGUAAACAGUUUAGCUGAAGCUUACAAGAUAAGUGUUCCGAGAUCUGAUAGUAAAGAAGAAAUUCCACUUUUGACCAGUCUGUCAAAUACAGGAGAGAAUAAGGGUAGCUCCCAACUGAUGUUUCAACUUCCAUUUGUAUAACACUUUCCAAGACUUACUUCCAGGUGGGGUGUAUCGAUCAUGGCAGCAAUAUGUCAACUAACAUUUCAUUUCAGUUAUAGGGUAGCUAUAUUUACACAAACCUAUUACAGACAUAGGAAUACAGGUAUUCACAUGUGUAACAUAUAGCAUGUUACAUAUCAGAAAUUAUUUACUUCAAGAUUUUAAGUGCAAUGUAUUAUAAGGCGUUCUUAUUGUUAUGAAAUUAAAUAUUCUGUCAUUUGAAAAAUUUGAAAUAAGACCUGGUAUCAUCAAAUAUGUAAUACAGUUCUAGCUGAGUUAUUGAGCUGAAGUGAACUCAAACUUUAUCUGCAAAAGUAAUUAUUUCUUGGACUGACUAUCUUAUGACUUUCUGAAAGUAUGGUUUGAUGAUUUAUCUAAAUCAGGUCAUAAUAAAAAGCUAAAAAAUAUGUUUAUUUUUGUUGGCAAUUUUUGUACUGCUUUCAUGGACAGACACAUUAUAAUUGUGUCUUGUAAUAUGAUAUAGAGAGGGAAUGGUACAAUUAUUUUUCAUACAUGUGUAUAUAUUGAAAUCUAACAACAAAUAAAACAUGUCUAUAAAAUAAAUCUUCCAGCCAAGACCGGGACCGGGCAUAUGUACAUUUUGUAUACUCUUAAACAGUUAUCAUGGGGGUAUACUGUAUCAUAAUUAAAAUGUUUGGUGUUAUUUACUUUAAAUUAUAUUCAUAGGUGUAGCAUGUUCCAAAGUUCAAGCAUUUUUGUGUAUUUUGAAACAGGUAUUUGAAGAUUACUACAACAAAAGAUAUUAGCUUUAAGCAUUGCUACAUGUACGACUGUUGUCAUAGACGCAUGUAUGAAAAUUACUAGUUGAGAUAUAUAGCUCUGGAUGACGGACGGACAGAUUAUUUCAGAGUUCCAAUAACUUGGAUGACAUUAACAUCGAAGUCUGUUUUUCAAAAGUGCAACCUUGCAAUUGUAGCCUAAAGAAAAAUAGCUACAAUUAUUAAUAAAACAGAGAGAAUAAUGUAUUAACAUAUUGCAUGGCAGAUCCUGUAUGUGCACAUUUUAAGAAUUUCAAUGAUUAUACAAAAAAUGUAUAUUGAAAAAUAACACAUUUUUCCUGCAGGAGGUAACGUCGCUUGGUCUUAUGAUGUUUUAGUUAACGUGAAAUUCUGUUUGAUACACAAUACAUUUGAGGAUUACUCUUCACCAAAUUUGAUCUCGAUAAUGUUAAUUUUUAUCAAUAUACCAAUUAAAUCAUAUGACUAAUCUAAAAGUGCGCAUGACCCCAAAAGUUAUAUAAUUAUCGGGUAAAAAAUAACGGAAUAAAGCUGUGGAAUGAAAAA